GACCUGCUUCUCCCCGGAAACUUCCCGACGCGUUAGGCCCUCUUCGCUGAACCCGGGGUACCGGCCGAGAGAGAGCCCCAGUCGUUCAGGCCUACAAAACUAACUGGGACCCGUAAUUGUUGGUCUCGAGGAAUGCUGGGACUUGUAGUUCUCAGCUACGGCUGACUACUCUUAUUUUUAUUUUGGUUUUUAUUUCACCUUUUUUCCUCCAGAUUCAUUUCGGGGGAACCUGGCGACGCAUUUCCGAGAGAAAACGGCGAUUUGGGAAACUGAACAUUCCCUGGUUUCUUAUUCCGACCCUGUGAAGCACUCAACAUCUUCAGAUAAAAAAUUGGACUGUAAGUCCCAGGAGCACAAGGGUAUGUUUGGAGCCUGGCCUAGCCACAAAUGGCAGUUGUUGGGAUGAGUCAGAUGUUUAAUUAGAUACCAAAGCCUGAACUGGCCUCAAGACUGCACACGCUGGAUCGCUCCCGGCUCCUACCCCUUCAGAAGCCCUUUCUAUCAACCACAGUCACUGUGAGCCCCUGUAGGAUACAACAGCUGCCCAAGGAAUUUGGGCCACCCAGUGAAUGCUCAACCCCAGGCAUUUCUCUUGUACACUUUGAUUCCCCUUGGAGACAGCCCCAGCCCCCGAGUUGGCCAUAGCUGCUCAUAUUUGCCCCCUGUUGGUGAUGCCAAGAAAGGGAAAGUCUUCAUUGUUGGAGGAGCAAAUCCAAACCAAAGCUUCUCAGAUGUACAUAUGCUGGAUCUAGAAACACACCAGUGGGAUUUAGCCACAUGGGAAGGCCUCUUGCCCCGGUAUGAGCAUGCCAGCUUCAUUCCUUCCUGCACACCUGACAGCAUCUGGAUUUUUGGAGGCGCCGACCAGUCAGGAAAUCGAAAUUGUCUCCAAGUUCUGAAUCCUGAAACCAGGGCAUGGACCACACCAGAAGUGACCAACUCCCCACCAUGUCCAAGAACAUUCCACACAUCAACAGCAGCUAUUGGGAACAAGCUGUAUGUCUUUGGGGGCGGUGAAAGGGGCGCCCAGCCUGUUCAGGAUAUGAAGCUACAUGUGUUUGACGCAAAUACUCAGACUUGGUUCCAGCCAGAAACACUUGGAAAUCCUCCAUCUCCCCGGCAUGGUCAUGUGAUGGUGGCAGCAGGGACACAGCUCUUUAUCCAUGGAGGCUUGGCAGGGGACAAAUUCUUUGAUGAUCUUCAUUGCAUUGAUAUAAGUGACAUGAAGUGGCAGCAGCUUAGUCCCACAGGGGCUGCUCCAGCAGGCUGUGCUGCCCACUCAGCUGUGGCUGUGGGAAAGCAUGUGUAUGUCUUCGGAGGAAUGACUCCUGCUGGCGCACUGGACACCAUGUACCAGUAUCACACAGAAAAGCAGCACUGGACCUUGCUUAAAUUUGAUACUUUCCUACCCGCUGGACGAUUGGACCAUUCCAUGUGCAUCAUUCCAUGGUCAGUGACAUCUGCCUCUGAGAAAGACAACUUGAAUUCUGUCACUCUAAACUUUGAAGAUGAGAAAGGGGAUUCCACUGACAAAAGAGUGUACAACGAAGAUGGUGACUCACAAGAGAAUCAGGCUGACACACUGCUCUGUUUUGUGUUUGGUGGAAUGAAUACAGAAGGGGAAAUCUACGAUGAUUGUCUUGUGACUGUAGUUGACUAAUAAAAUACACAACUUUUAUUA